AUGAACAUGAAUUACGUGAAAUUUCUGUCUCUCUUUUACCUCACAACCUGCGGUGCAGCUCUGGGGAAUAUCCUUGAGUUCUGUACCGUGGAACCUGCGUUGUCCGUCGAGGCAGGCUCGGAUUUGUCCAUGAAGCUCCAGAACUCAUUCGGUGCGGAAUGUUCUGCCGAACUUGAGUUCUCUGAUGGCACCCCAAGCAUGAAGUGGUACUUCAAGGCGGUGGAGUGUGCCGAUGCACAACUGGCACGAUUCUCCGUUCCCUUCGGCGUCCCCAAUGGUGAUGCCUACAUCACAUGGCAGUGUGAUGGGGACAAUCCCAUGUCUUGUAAUCGUAUCGUCAUUAGUAAGGGCAAGGGUGAUCUGGUCCUACCAACAACACCCAGACUGAUAACGGAGACUGCUCGCUGUAUCUCACCCACAACGUUUCUUACCCAUGUUGUUACUCAUGACAAGGAGAAGCCGACGGGUGUGUUUCUAGAUACCGGAGUCCUCAAUCCAAUCAUCUCAGAUGUCCCAUCAACACCAGCGUCAAAGAAUCUUGACCUGGAAACUACUGCCUCUGUCAAAGUCACAGUUUCCACGCCAGCCACCCCCAGGCUACCACGGACAAAACCUACGAGCUAUAAACCACUAAUUGGGACAGGCGAAACUCGCGCGCGGUUAUCUACAGACACGUCUACUCCCACCACUCCCACCACUCCCAUCAACACCCCCGUUAUCACUUCUACCACCACCAAUACCGCUUCGAUCACUGUGCCGGUUCUCAUUCCCAUUGGAGAUCCUACCACCACAUCCUUCAACACGAACGAGCACACCAGAAAAGAGCAGCCGACCAAUAAACCAUCUUAUGUCACUGUCACGUCCAUUAUCUCAACAUGCCCGAUGCCAAUGCCGGGAUCGACAAAGCAGCAGGGCUGA